CGUGGGUCCGUACACUAACGGGACCUACUUUUGAAUCCGAAUUGGUCUGGUCAAUGCCUUGGAGAUACUUACCAAAACGACUUAUACUUUGGCUACGUGCUGAAAGCGACAAAAUGGGCUGAGGUUGUAUGAUUUUCUACAAUUCUUGGGAUGGCGAAGGCACAGCAACCUUUCUGGCUGGGUGGUGCAUCUGCAUCGAUGGCAGCUUGUUUCACUCAUCCUCUUGAUCGGACCAAAUACUGUAUGCAAGUCCUCGCUUCGAAGCAGCCAAUGCUGAAAGCAAUGCAUACAUUUGCUGUCCGUGAUGGUAUACAGUCUCUCUGGUCUGGCCUCUCCGCAUCGAUCCUGAGACAGACGACAUAUUCCACUGCACGAUUCGCCCUGUACGAUGCCUUAGCUCGACAAAUGCAACAAAGAACUGGGGGGAAGCUAUCAGCAGCACAAACUGUUGCUUGUGCGGGAUUCGCUGGAGGCCUUGCAGGCAUGAUUGGAAAUCCCACAGAAGUCGUCUUGGUGAGAAUGUGCUCAGAUGGUGUCAAGGAAACUCAACAAAGAUAUCGAUAUCCCAAUGCGCUAGCCGGCCUCGUGAGAAUUGGCAGGGAGGAGGGAGUGCGUGCUUUCACAAAAGGAUUAGGUCCGAAUAUUGUCAGGAGUAUCUUGAUGAAUGUUUCCCAAAUCGCAGUAUACACCUCAGCGAAGCGCCAACUCCUCUCAAACAACUUCGUCCCAUUAUCUGACGGAGUUCCAGUACACAUUGCGGCCUCUCUGAUCGCAGGGACAGUCGCAACGACAGUAUGUGCGCCGGCAGACGUACUGAAAAGCAGGUUACAGAACGCGGCUUCAGCAAAAGGUCAGGCUCCGUCCCUCAUGAAGAUCAUCGUCACCGCAAUAAGGAGUGAAGGGCCGGGAGUGUUACUGAGAGGCUGGACACCAGCAUGGUUGCGACUUGCUCCAAACACCGUUCUCAUGUUUAUUUUCAUGGAACAACUACAACGACUAUUUGCUGCAAAGAAUACAUUGUGACAACUUGGAGGAAAGGCAAUCUCAAAUUAGAAAUCAACAGUAAAGUCAGGUUCUUCAACAAAUAGCAGCACUUGGUGCUAGAGUCUUCGGAUCUUCUAGGCACAGAGUAUACCACAAGAUAUAGUUCACUGAGCGAUCCGGCGUUUCUGGGGAAAUUGUAUAUACAGAGAAUAGUAUGAAGAAUAAACGAACAUCAAGA